AUGCAGUCACCCACGACAAUCGAUCUUAGUCGUGGCGACGUCGAUGACAAAAAUGCAGAAUAUCUCGCUAAAGCAUUACAAAAUGAUACGACAUUAGUAGAACUCGAUCUGAGACGAAAUAUUGGUCGGAUUUACGUAGCCAUCGGAGCAGAAAUAGAAAUUCGAAAUAAUAAAAGUCUCACUACGUUACAACUUGACGGAAAUGAUAUUGGCGAUAAGCGAGUGUAUCCUAUAGCUAAUAGAUUACAAAACAAUAAAACACUUCGAAAGUUAAGUCUUAGAUAUAACGAAAUUUGCCACAAAGGAGCAUUUCGUCUAGCUGCUGUAUUGAGAAACAAUACGACAUUGAUUAAUCCGGAUCUAUUCGGUAACCAUAUUGAAGAUAAAGGAAUGAAAUAUUUUGCUGGAGCUUUGAAAAAUAACAUGACACUCAUUAAAUUCGACCUUGGAUACAAUGCAAUCCGUGACGAAGGAGCGUAUCGUCUCUUCUUUGUACAAACAUUAAAAACAUUAAAUCUGAAAGGAAAUCAGAUCAGUAAGAUUGGAUCAUUACAUUUGGCUUUUGGAUUUCAUGAUAAUACGACGCUGAUGAAACUUAAUCUAAGAAAAAAUAUGGAUGCUUAUUUAACUGUUAUCGGAGAAAUAAUUCAACUACGGAUCGAUAAAGCAAUAACUGAUUUGAAUCUAAGCACUGAGAACAUCGGUGGCGAAGAAGUUGAAUAA